AAACACUUGGAGGAGUACCGGCGUCUGGUGGGCGAGCAGAACCGACUGAUCACAAAAGAGUUUGUCCAGGAACAACUGCAAAUUGGCGAAGAUGAAAUCUCCGAGCUCAAACUGGAGCUGACCAACUCCGAGCACCGACUGGCCGGCCGACUGCGUCACAACGAACUGUUGGCCGAUCAUUUGGCCAGCCUCGGCUACGGAAGUCUGGAGACUGGCGGCAGUGCUCGUCAUGCCGCGUUGGUGCGCUCGCCGCAGAUGCGAAAAGCCAUGUUGGCCCAACGACAGGGCGCCAGUGAUCUGGUCGGUCUGACCGGCGGCGCCGGCGCCGGUUGUGUCGGCGAAGAGGCGCGGUUCGGCUCGAAGAUGAUCGACAACAUCGCGUUGGCGAUCGCAGAGAUUCAUCGCGAGGUCCGUCUCAAGGUGAAGCCACUGCUCGAAUACUAUCGAGAUCUAUUCUAUCUGCAGCUGCAUUUCAGCCUCAUCCUCGGUCAGGUCUGCAACUACUGUAUGCCCUUGGUUACCGAGAACAUCGGUCUGAUUGACAGAAUCUUCUUCUGGUCAGAACGGCCCGAGUUCGACUUGGUGCGCCGAUCCGGCGACAUAUCAGACCGGCUCAAAGAGGUCUACACGAGGGGACAAGCCGUACUCAGUGUGUUGACCGAGUCAGUUCGCUUUCUCAAGUCAAAGGUGGAUCUACAAAAGUCGUUGGAGGCUCGAUUUCGCGAACGACUUGAUGAACAGCAACAGCUCAAAGACAAAGUAUUGCGUGAGAUUCACUCGACUAAACAGAACAUGGACCUGUUGGAGGAGGAGAACGAUCGUCUCGUCGGCAGUCUGGUCAAAUUGGAUCCCAGUUUUGUGGACAGUCGACACUUUGCCGAGCUGGCCGAUGGAUCGGGCCUUAAUCUGAACAAGUAUCGGGCCGCCGGGCGAAAGGCGAGUGAGCCCAGAUCCAUCCACGAGUCGCCGAAGGAGGCCAGCUCUGCGAUUGUCGGACAGACGCAACAUAAUGCCGCUGCAUCCGUCGACAACAGCAACAGUAACAACAACAACGAACAGCUCCAACAGACGGAGGCAGACGGAGCAAUCAGCCCUGCGGUCAAUCUGCACACCAACAACAACAAGGCGACCAGCAUGUCCGAGGGAGUGCGCUGUAGAGGAACGAAAAUGGUGACAUUAUCGCCCAUGCGAGGAGGCGAGGAGGAAAGGGAGGAGGAUGAAGCGACCAGUUUGCUCUUGACGACCACCGAGAAGAUGACCGAUGACUCAUCGCAUCACGGUCUUCUGUCCAGCCGCAUGGAUAGUGUGGACGAGGAGAAGAAGGAGAAAAAGGAGGAGGACAGGUUGAGUGAGCUCAGGGCUCGAGACCGGCUCGGUGGCUGUUUGAACUCGGAGCCGAGA